GGCGUUUUUUUUUUUCUUUGAUCAACGCAGUGGGCAAUCAAACUCUACAUUUAUUUUGAUUCCAUGGCAAUGUUGUAUCAGCCAGUGACGGCAUGCUAUUUAUUUACGCAUCAGCCGCUCUUUGCAUUCUACCCUCUUUUUUUUCUUUUAACCUGGCUCCGUUUUGAACCUCGCGGUUCUAUUUUUGCUUGUUCCUCUUUACUUCUGCUUUGCACUUGUUUUUCUUUUCAUCUUGCUUCAGGCUAUUCAUUUGAGUGCGGCUUACAUCGGUGAUCAACUGUCUUUUCUUGUUCCCGAUUCGCGUUCUUUUUUUUUUCGCCUCUGCUAUUAUUUCUUUCGU